UUUGAUUUAAAAAAUAUGACACAAGUUUAUCAUCUUCGAACAUUAUCAAUUAUUUAUAUUCAACAUACAGCUAUUAUUCGUUUUUCACAAUUUCUUCAAUUAAAUAAUGAUAUGGAUGAAAAAUGUAAACAAAUUCUUGAAAAAUUAUUAAUCGUACAUAUAUUAAAAUUAUUUGAAGAAUAUAUAGGAAUUUUAUUUGAAGGAAAUUAUAUUAAAAAUAUUGAUAUUAAUCAAUGGAUACAAAUACGUUUAUUAGAUUUAUGUUAUGAAUUACGUAAUGAAAUUCUUGCAUUAGUUGAUGUAUUUGCACCACCUGAUCAUAUACUUAAUUCAGUAUUAGGAAAUUAUAAUGGUCAAGUAUAUGAAGCUAUACAUAAGAUGAUUCAUUCUAAUAAACAAACAUUUAUAACACCAUUAUGGUUGAAAAAAGAUUUAAUUGAAAAAAGUAAACUUUAG